AUGCGACCCAGUCGCUAUACAGCCAAAAAGCUGGGUUUCAUCCCAGACUGUUGUGUAUCGCCUCCUUAUUCCAGAUUCGGUUGGUUUGGGCCUGUCAAAGGCUUGACGUCAACACCCACAAUGGACAAUUUGGCUCCGGCAAUGGGCACGGCUGUCUCCACCAUUUUGGCUACAUGCGUCCGCAUUCCUGACCAGGCUGAGGAUCCCACCUCCUGCCUCAGCUACAUGGCGUUUUAA